AUGGAGAAAAAAAAAAAAGUUUAAUGUAUCAACUGACGAAGUACUUUAAAGCAUUGUGGGUUUUAUUUCUUUUUGUUCUUUUUAUCAUGAAGCUUUGAAAAGUAUGUUCCCAUCUCUUAUACCAAGGUGCAAAGCAAUGCUCUUUACCCUUUGCUGGAGCAUCCACGUCAAUGCAGUGGGCAGGAGGUGAAUUCUCACACACCUAAGGAAGGACAGCAGAGCCCUGUGAGCUCAAAAACUCAAUCAGCCCAAGUGCUAGGGUGUGUUUGACAUUCAGGGAGUCUGUCUUUGGAUCCUAAACACCAGAUGAUGAUGGUUGUUCUUUCCCACCAAAGACUCUUAUUACCACAGAAAUCUAUCUAGGGAAGAUGCUGAACUCUCUUUUCCCAUUUUUCCUUUGGUAGGUGACUGGUGAGUGACAUAAGAAACAAAAUCUUCAGGGCUUUUGCCUAGCUCUUAGAGAUCAACUCCCUGUUGUUCUAAUUAUAUGACAAAACCUUAGAAGAUGUGAGUGAAGAGGUCUCUAUCUGGUGGUGCAGCAACUUGCAAGGUUACUGAUGGGCUAUGUCUGUGCACAAAAAAGGACAACUCUGAUUUCACCUCUGUAUCAUAGCUAGGACUCCAGUAAAUACUUGCUAAAGGGAAUGGCCAUACGGACAUGUAGCAUCCUGCAGGUUUAAGCCUAAAAGAAACUGAGGUUUAAGCCCAAAAGAAUGUGUGUAAAUGCUGAGGUUUGAGGUGUAAAGGAGGAAGAGUGAUUUUGAGCUCCUUGCACACUGCUCUGUGAGGUGGGGUGAAGAGCGAGAAAUGUAAGCUCUGGCAGUUCUGGGUGUCCCUGACUACGCAGCCAUCCCAAGCCCAUUCUGGGCCUUAAUUAGAAUUGUGUUGAGAGUUCACUCAGUGCCCAAAGGCAGGCUACAGCUCUGCUGGUGUGCUAGGAUAGGAAUGUCAGCAUUUGGAAAAAAAAUACUAGCUUUUUGAGGAAAUUGUGCUUCUUUUCCAGCGCAUGUAAGAUGUUACUGUCCUAGAGCAGCUCCCAGUCAUGUGGCUGCCACUGUGAGGCGUGUGACAGGACAUAUACCAAUGCUGCCAGCACGUUAGGACUAUUUCUGAAAGUUCUCCAGCACAGACAAGCUCUUAGCUUUGGCAACCUGACUCUGAAGGAUUUAAAGGUUGAUACUUCUACUCGUGCUAAUGGCCUGCUUGGGUUAUUAUCACCUGUCACAAGCUCUGGCAACACUUAUUCAUAUGAAGCUUUGACCAUUACAGCAAGUGACAUUUCUGAAUUAUGAAAUGCUGAGUUAUAGUACGUAAAUUGUGGCAGUGUAAAUCUGUAUUUCCAUUAGCAACGUGAGGCUUGGGGGUUCUAUUUCAGGUGACUUGUACUUGAGCCAAUUCCACAACAGUGCUGUGGAGUAGGGGGAACAGCAGUUGUAUCCGUCUAUCUACAGUGCCUCCGUGUUUGUACCUUUUGCUGUCAUAGAAACGUGCUGGAGAGAAGGCUUUCCCCUCCCUCACGGCCUCUUUGUAGGGGAUCAUGGGACGGUCAGUGACAAAUCCCUGCUUUGGCCCCGGGCUGCAGACAGAUGUGCAGCAUAGCUUCUAAACUGCACGCUCUGCUUAGUGCCAACCUGGGAUGUGAAGCUCCUACUGACAGUGAAAGCCCUAAGUUGGGGUACAGGGUGCCCUCAGCCCAGGCCACUGUCACAGCCAGGGGAGCGGUCCCUGCAGUCUCCACUGAGCCACUGGAAACCUGCCCAAGGCACAGGGAAACCUGAGACUUUCACCUGAGAGCCAGGAGCCCUGCCUAGCCUGCCAGCUUUCCUCCAGUGAACUCCUGAAAUAAUCCUUAAUUCUUUGAAGUGUGCCAAAAAUGUUCCUAUGUUCCUAACAGCUCAGUUCCAGGUUUGGAUGAAGCAGGUGGAAAGGAACGGGGUGAGGGAGAGCGGAGCUAGAAGAACACAUGGGAGCUGUGCACAUCAGUGUGUGCAGCUGCUCUGCAGCUGUCUCUCUUUUAAGGAGUGAAAUGCUGGAGAUUGCACUGCCUGUGCUGCACAGCCCAGUUGUCCACUGCUUCUGUCCCCUCUCACUGGGAACUGCUGGACACUGCCAUGGAAGAGCGGGUGCAGGAGGAUGUGCCAGAAGUGCAGCACACAGGUCAGUCCUCGGGCCAGAGCUGAGAUUAUACCAGGCUCUUCCCACACCAGAGGAGGCCACAGGAACCCAUCUGGCCAUUCCUCUGGGAGGGCAGCUGUCCUCACUGGUUCUUUCAGGGUAUCGGUAAUGCUCUUGCUGAUGGUCCCCACAGGAGACCACCACCCAGUGCGGGAAGGAGAGGUGUUCAACGCACGAUACCAGGCUCUGCGCAAGCUGGGCUGUGGGGCCUUUGCUACUGUCUGGCUGUGCCAGGACAUGAGGAAGAAGAAGAAUGUAGCUGUGAAGGUCCUGAAGAGCAGGGAAGGCUUUGCUGAGGCUGCUCAGGAUGAGCUCUCUCUCCUCCGAUGUGUGAGCAGUACGAAGAAGAAGGAUCGGGCAGGAGAAAACGUCAUCUGUUUAUUAGAUGACUUCAGAAUGAUUGGAGAGAAUGGCUUCCAUAUGUGCUUGGUAUUUGAGGCGCUGGGUCCUUCCCUGCGAUAUCUGAUGGGUAACUAUGCAGCCCAGGGACUGCCUUUGCCUUUUGUGAAAAAAUCUUUACAGCAGGUGCUAGCAGGCCUGCACUUCCUGCAUGGGCGCUGCCGGAUUAUCCACGCAGACAUCAAACCAGAGAACGUGCUGCUGUACGUUCAUGACAAAAACCUCCAAAAGUUUCUGCUUGAUGCUGCUGACUGUGGCCAGAGAACAGAUUUGAGGCUAAAGGCACCAGGAGGUGAUCCUGGCAAUCAACUGGAAGAUUCUGAUUUGAUGAGCAUAGAAGUGAAAAUUGCUGAUCUGGGCAGUGCAUGCUGGACAUAUAAGCCUUUUUCCAAGGAGAUACAGACCCAGCCAUACCGCGCCCUAGAAGUGCUGCUUGGAUUAGACUAUGGCACUCCUGCAGACAUCUGGAGCACAGGCUGCCUGGCAUUUGAAAUGGCAACGGGGGAGUGUCUAUUUAAUCCUCAACCUGGGAAAUAUUUCUCCAGAGAUGAUGAUCAUGUUGCUCGCAUUAUUGAACUCCUGGGAAGAAUCCCUCCCCGAACUGCUCUCUCCUGGAACAAGUCAACCAAGUUUUUCAGAAGGCCAGGUGCUCUUCUGCGGAUCUCCAGGCUCAUUCCCCGCAGCCUCCACACCAUCCUGGUAGACAGGCUCAAGUGGAGAAAACACGAGGUGCCUCCAUUUACCAGCUUCCUCCUGUCGGCGCUGCGCUACGCCCCUGAGAAACGCGCCACGGCCGCGCAGUGCCUGCAGCACGCAUGGCUCAGCGCCCCGUGACCGGCCCCACGCGUCACCGCGGCUGGGAGCCACGGAGCAGCUCCCUACAACCAGUCAGCGCCGGCCCGGCACCCCGGCCUCGGGGCCGCCUCCCCGCCGCCAGCCCCUUUCGGGGCCCCUCCGCAGCACUGCGGUGGCCGCGGGGGUGGCGGCCCCGGGCGCUGCGCACAAGAUGGCGGCGCUGCGGGUCCCCCCCGCGGCCAUUUCCCGCCCAGGGGUGGCUGUGCGGGGAUCGGCGCGAUGAGAGGGGUCACGGCGGGGCGCCCCGGACAGCAGCGGACUCACGGCGGCUCGCACGAAGUUCCGCAGGAGCUGGCCAUGGCGCCUUGUGAGGCUGCGCGGCUGUCAUCUGCUGCAGAUCCUUAAAACAAACACGGAGACGCAGCGGGCAUUAAACAGAAAGGACAAUCGGUCACAAGUUCCCUUCCUCUUUUCCCCCUCAGACCGUUCCUAAACCCGCUCCGCUCCCAGGCAGGCGGUGGCUGGCCGCGGUUCCCCGCACCCAGCUCUUAAGGUCCCGCCUCGGCCUGCAGGAGGAACCCCCCGCGGCCCUCCCGCUCCCUCAGCCCCCGGGGCCGCCCCUCCUCCCGCCGCGGGCAGCGCCCUUUGUGUGGGGCGCGAAGCUCCCUCCCCUCAUGCAACGGAGGGCCCGGCGCGGCCCCCACCCCUC